AUGGCGGCCAGAUCGGACGAUCCCGAUGUCUCGCCGGAGUCGUCGUCGCCGGCGGCGGCGGCCGGCGGCGAGAUCUGGGGGACUCUCGAGGAGCUGCUGCUGGCGUGCGCCGUGAGUCGCCACGGCACCGCGAGCUGGGAGUCGGUGGCGUUGGAGGUGCAGUCGCGCAGUCCCUCCGCCGCCGCGCGGCUCACGCCCACCAGCUGCCGCCUCCGUUUCCGCCUCCUUCACCGUCGGUUCGCCGCCGUCGCCGACGAGGACGGAGGCGGGGAACCUGACCCAAACGCCGCCGUCUCCGACGCGUGGGUGGAUGAGCUCAGGAAGUUGCGGGUCGCCGAGCUCCGCCGCGAGGUCGAGCGAUACGAUCUCUCGAUCGGGUCAUUGCAAUCAAAGGUGAAACGGCUGAAGGAGGAACGAGAGAGGAGCCUCUCCGGCGAGACCACGCCGGCGUUCAAGGAUGAACGGGAGACAGGGAACGAGUCGCCAGAGGAGGCUGGCGGUGAGAACGGCCUCUCCGGCGAGGCUUCCGCCCGGUCAUGCAAGGAGUCCAACUCCUCAGAUCUGAAGCCACCGCCGGGGCACGACUCUGGCGGUGCCGCCGCCGACGGCGACGCGGAGGCGAAGGAUGAGCCGGCCGCCGGCGAUAUGGCCGCGAAGGAUGAGGCCUCCGGCGAGUCGGCGGCCGGGUCGAAGGAAGCCGACGCGGUGAAGGAGAGCAGCGACGUGCAGAGCUCGGCCAGCCCGUCCCGUAAACGGCGUCGCCGGCUGCGGAAGGUAGGCGGUGGCGACUUGGCUUCCACGUCGGCGCCCGUGCCCCUCCCCGCCGCGGAGGCCGAGCCGCUCCUCGCCUUCCUCGAGUCGGUCCGGACCAGCAAGUCCGGCGCCGUGUUCGAGCGGCGGCUCGAGAGCCAGGAGAGCGGCAAGUACAAGGGCACCAUCAGGCGCCACGUGGACCUGGAGAUGAUCGGAUCCAGGCUGGAAUCCGGUGGGGCCGCGGGCGGGCCGGACAGCGCUUGCUACGCGUCGGCCUCCGAGUUCUUCCGCGACCUGCUGCUGCUAUGCGCCAACGCUCUCGUCUUCUUCCCGCGUGGCUCGCCAGAGCACGCCGCUGCGACCAGGACUCGCGCGCUCGUCUCCAAGCGCAUCUCCGCGACUCUCCAGAGGGACGGCCUCGAGACGGUGGGGAAAGCUGCUGCCCUGGUCGGCGGUGGCUCCUCGGCGGGCGGCGCCAAGAAGGCCAAGGCGGAUGCUGAGGUCGCCGGUUCGCUCCUCGAGAAGGCCGCGCCGAUCAUUGUUUGCCGGAAGCGGAGCUCCAUUGCGAAGGCUGCUGCUGCUAACAAGGAGAAAGUGGAGAAGGAGGACACGGAUGAAGAUGAGGAGUUCGACGAGGGAAAGAAGAAGGGAAACGCCAAGGACAAAGCCAGGGGUAUGAGGACCAACAAGGGUCGGGCUCCUGUCAGGAACGCCGCUCCAAAUCAGAAAACUGGGAAGGCUUUGGAGGGUGCCGCAGCUGACGAAAGGACGAAGAAAUCUGACAAGAUGGGUGGCAGCGGCAGCGGUGGCAAGGCGGCGGCGGCGGCGGCGGCAGCAGGUGGCGUCAUCAAGAAGCGGAAUGCUGUGGACUUCCUGAAGCGGAUGAAGCAGAACUCAGUGCCGUCAACGGAGAGAGUGUCGUUGCUAGAGACACUGAAACUCUCUGCGACAGAACAGAAGAAGGCUGCCAAGGCUGAUGGCCGGAAAGAGCCGGGCAGCUCCUCGGGCUCCAAGAAGGCUGCCGAGACAGCGUCAGGAGGGAGGAGAAGCGUUGGCCGGCCGCCGAAACGGGCAGCUGCGCCUCCGACUCCUCCACCAUCCAAGAGGGUGAAGGACGACCGGCCGACGAGGAAGCGCGGGAAAAAGUGA